UAUAUGUUUUCUAGGGCACUAGCAAUAAAUAGGGGUGCAUCUUGAAAUAUGGCAACAAAGCAUUUGUGUAAAACGAUAAAGUUAGAACCAAGGCUUGAUGACGUUUGAAGAGGCUGUUUCCAUUAUUCCAUAUGCAGACGAAAUCAUCUUCUUGAGAAUAGGGUGUUGAUUGUUGAAGCAUCAGAAAGAGCGUGGUGGGGGAGGCAAACUAGUAGCAAUGCCGGAAUCACAGGCAAGGGCAUUAGCACCAUUGUGAAAAGUGCGGUGGAGAUGGCAACAAGCAUGGCUUAUAUAUGGAGAAGAACAUAAUUGGGCAACCCAAAUUUAUAAAUAACACGUUGUGGCCGAAUUCAUAUCUUGUAACCAGAAUUAAUUUACACAUUAUAUAUGCAUAGGCAUAUUCAUUAAAAAAAAAUGUGACCUUCAAAUUUCUAAAAAUAGGAGAAACCACUUUAUCUUGAUUUCUAUGUUUUGGUAGCUGCCAAUAAAAUCUUUAAAUUCCGGUAAAAUUGGCACGUUGGACAGAGUUUUUGCUGUUGUGGGUAAUAAAACCCGUGUUAAAUCUUUAGCCUUGAUGGUUGUGUCUGUGCUGUCUAAAAGUUAAAACCGCGUUUUAUAAUUAGCAAUCUUGUAAACAUUAGAGCAAAUAAGCAAAACAAAUUACUUCUUUUGGGAAUUUUGUAACUUUAUAAAUAACUUUUUCUUCUGUACUCCUAACUUUCAUUACCCUAUAUAUAAAGUUUAUUAAGUUUCCAAGUGAUUGAAAACAAAAACUUUACAAAUCUUAUAUUACUUAUUGAGAUCAAAAGAAAAUGAAGAAAAUGACCAAAAAGUUAUCAUCUAAGUACGUGAAGCUCCACAAGAGCCGGCUCCGGCAAGAGGGGUCUAUGAAGUCGGAGGACGGUGGAGAGCUUUUCCAGGAAAAUCACUCGCCGGAAAAUGAGGAAAACAAUGAAACGAAGGAGACACCUAAAGUUAAAAAGAUUAUGGAGUCCAUGCAUCGUAAGCUGAUGCUAAGAGAGAAAACAAAAAAGAAUAUCCACGUGGACGAUCAAGAACAAUCCCAAAGGUCUGAACGCUCGGUUAGCAAGGACGACCAGCUUGAAGGUUCGGUUAGGAACAUGAACCGCGGUGAUAAAGAUCAGCUUGAAGGUUCGGUUAGACACGGACAUAUGGAUCAUCUUGAAGAUUUGAUUAGGGGUCGUGAUCGUAUGGACAACGCUGAAGGUUCAACUAAGAAAGGUGCUCGUGACCGUGUGGACCAGCUCGAAGGAUCUAGCAGAAACGGUCAGAAAUCUCAAUGUGAAGACGUUACUCCUAAAAGAAGCGGUGAAGUAGACCAAUCAGAAGAAUCAACUAAGAACCCUUCUGAUUUUACUUCUAAAAAGGAUUAUCUUGAUUGGAUUGAACAUGUUGAAGGUUCUAGUAAUCAUUGUUUCGAUCGAUCCGAAAAUCAUGAAAAGCCUUAUAGGAAGAACGACAUCGACCAUGAUCAGAUAAGCGUUGGAAUAUCGGAAGGAUCCAUAGAGGGGAAUAACGAUGAGAUCCUAUUACUCAAGAGCUCUAAGUAUAGAAAAAUGAAAUCUGAAGAUUCCAAAGGUUAUAAGAAAGGAAAAGGUAGUAAGGUCAAAGAUUCAUUGAGAAGUCAAAUGGUUGACUAAACGUGCCUUUCACAUAUA